AUGUCGUACAGCGAUUUCAAUGGAAAGGUCUUUGUGAUCACCGGCGCAGCAUCAGGCCAAGGCCGCGCGACCUCUCUCCUGCUCGCAAAGCAAGGCGCUAAGCUAGGACUUCUUGACCUGAACCAUCCGCAGUCUGUUCUGGAUGAAAUCAAGCAACUGGGCGGGGAGGCGAUCGGAUUCCAGGUCGACGUUGGCGACUCAUCCGGUGUCGAAGCCGCAGUGAAAGGCACCAAGGAGAGAUUUGGGAAGAUUGACGGCGCAGCAAACCUUGCUGGGUGGAUUGGCACACAGGGUUUCAAAGGCAAGGGAUAUGCUCUUGAUACUAUCACUGACCCCGAGUGGGACGCAAUGAUCAGUGUGAACUUGACUGGAGUGAAGAACAGUAUUGCGUCGGAGCUGAGACAUAUCAGCAACGGUGGUAGUAUUGUGAAUGUCUCCAGUAUUGCGGGUCAGCGAGGAACCCCUUGGAACUCUCCGUAUGGAACCGCGAAGUCCGGUGUCAUUGCGUUGUCAAAGGCAGCGGCGUUUGAGGCCGGCCCCAGGGGAGUUCGAGUUAAUGCCGUUGCACCGGGUAUCGUCGAUACUCCCCUUGCAAAGGCAUUGGGGCCUAUGGAGCUUGUCCAGGAGAGGCUGCUGAGCAGAACCGCGCUUGGACGAAUGGCUCAACCUGAAGAAAUUGCCAAAUGCAUUCUCUUCUUGCUCAGUGAUGAGUCCAGCUUCGUAAACGCGAGUGUUCUGAAUGCCGAUGGCGGUUUCCAGUAG